CAUCAAUGUAUCCAUAUAAUUGGCACAAACCUCAUUUACACAUACUAUAGCCCUUAAAACUAUGACCACACCCUCCACUUAACUCUCCUCUCUCUCUCUCUCUCAAUCUCUCCCAAAAUUCUUGCAAUGAAAACAAUCCUCCCCUCAAGAACCUCACUCAACAUAUUCAUCCUACUACAACUCCUAAUUUCAUCAAGAAUUGUGAGUGCAAACACAUGGGCAGGAUCAAAGUACGAGGUCGAAUGCACAAUGUGCGCCGCCUGUGACAACCCAUGCAACCCUCCGGUCUACGCCUCCCCGCCGCCGCCUGCCACCCCAUCUCCGCCGCCACCCGCCCCCACACAACCCCCACCAUCAUCAUCCAACUGCCCUCCGCCACCCUCACCACCAAGCUCCGGCGGCAACAACAACUACUACUCUCCUCCGCCGCCUUCUCAGCCAAAUUACGGCUACUCGCCGCCGACCACCACCGGAAACUACUUCCCGCCGGCCGGGAACUUCUACCCUACCCCACCACCACCAAACCCUAUUGUACCAUACUUUCCUUUUUAUUAUCACACCCCACCACCAGCUUCCUCAUCUACAAAGCUCCCAAUCCCUACUUUCUUGAUCCUCAUUUUCUUGUUUAUUCUAUAAAAUCAUCUUUACAAAAUAUUAUAAUAAAUAUUUACAUCAGAUGAGUGCAUGGAGCUACAAGGGGCAGAUAUGUAACAAGAGAAGAAUUGAAGAAAGAUAUGCAAAUUCUAUAGUAUAGAAAUGACCCUUCUUUUCAUUUAACUUGUUAAUCUGUAAAUUUUCUUGAUGGCUAUUUGUCAUGAUGUUUAUGUUAAUUAUAUAUACAGGAAUUAAUUCUAAACAAUUUUUUAUGAUCAUGUAAUUGUCAAUUACAGAUAGCUAGGGAGCUAUCAUGCUAAUAAAUUAUUGAUUCUAUCUUUGA